AUGGCCGCCCGGGAGCGCGUCCCCGUGGCCAGCGGUGCCUUGGGGGCUGCUGAUUGGCAAAGCCGGCCGAGCCGAGGCGCCGAGUCCCGGGACCCCACUCCAGCCUCGGGUCUGCGCACCACGGCUGAGCGCCCACUCGCCUUGCGGAGAGAAUCCGGCGGAGAAAAGUCCACGGGGGCGGCGCCAACAGGCGAGCACGACGACCCGGAGGAGCGGGAGCCGGGCCGGGGCCGGUGUGGGGGGGAGGCCGCGGCUCGUCGGCAGCACACACACCCCGAACGGAGCCGCCGCUUCGCGGCUCCCCGGCGCGCGCGCAGCCUCCGUCUCCUCCUUCACCCCGAGAUGCUGACGGCUACCUUCACCGAGGUCCCCAAAGAUGUGACGGUGCAGGAAGGCGAGGACAUCGAGAUGCCGUGCGCCUUCCGGGCCCGGGGCGCCACUUCGUAUUCCCUGGAGAUCCAGUGGUGGUUCGUCAAGGCGGCGCCCCGGGAGCUGUUGCCCGAGCUGGUCCUGAGCGCGCCCGGCGCCCGGAGCAAGCCCGGCCGCAGCCAGGACAAGAGCCUGCCGCCUCCGGGGAGCCCCGGUGUCCCCCAGGCCGCAGCCUCCACCACCCACACAGCCACCUCCACUACGACCGUGGCUGCAGCUGCUUCCUCAUCAGCAUCCCCAUCACCUGGCCAGGCAGUCCUCCGGCGACAGAGACAUGGCUCUGGCAGUGGCCCGCACCAUACCGCAGACCCACGCCUGGCCCUGGCCCUGCUAGCCCUGCUUAGCCUUCUGUGGGGCCCCUGA